CGGUGUGUAUAUAAGAGAGGCAAGAGAGCCUCAUCAGAUAUAACAAAUCCUGAAAAGUCCUUUCUAAAGAAGAGAAAAGAUUAAAAAAAAAAAAAACAAAACAAAAAGAGAGAAGAAUAAUUUUUUAUUAAUUAUUUGGAUUAGUAGAGAGGCAACUUAGAAAUAUUAUACUUUUGGUGUCUUCAAUUUAUUGCUAUUUUCUGAAAUGAGUACUACAAAAGCUCACCACGAUGCAGACACCACUGCAAUAGAAGGGGAUAGACCCGAUACAAACGAAAUUAUUUUCUAUCCACGUGGACUUAAUAUUGUAUGGGGUAACGACUCACGCUACUGGCGAAUACCUAAUGAAGCUAAGCCCAACAAUGGAAAAAAUCCUACAGCAGAGCUCAUACAGGUGUCUUGGCUAGAAGUAACUGGGUCAACUGCAAGCCUAGAGACUGGUAAAAAGUAUAAGAUACAAUUCUUUCUUUCUCUUAAGUCGGAUGCAUUCGGCUGGAAUGGUUGUCAAGUUUACUUAAUGGCUAAGAUUGGUAAACGAGGCAAGUACAAAUGGUCGAAGAUAGUGCUAAAGGACCAAAACACUACUAACAGUGGACAAGGCACACCAUUUCCUUCAGAGGAAUUUGUAAUCGAAGUUCCGGAUAAUGUUACUGAUGCUGAUAAGAAACUCUAUUUUGGGCUCUAUGAAGUUUGGAGUGGAAAAUGGAAAGGUGGUCUUCAGAUUCACAAGGCAGUUGUUUCAAAAGUAAUAAACUAAUAAUUUAAUUCCAGCUGCAUGCGCCAUCAUCAUCUAUAUACAAAAAUACAUAUGGGUUUGUUAUUCAUAUCAAUAAUUAAGCAAUGUUUAUAUAUACCUUCUAAUAAGUGGGACAUUGUUAUGGUUGUUACGAGAAUAAAAGAUUUUAUAUAAUUAAUUUAUGUAAGUUUAUACAUAUACAUAAUGUUUCGUAUUUUAAGAGAUCUCGUGAUCAAUAAAUAUGAGCAAAUAAAGAUGUUUUUAUUUGAUGAA